UAUGAUUAUUUAUGCAUGCGUGUUCAAGACAUUGCCUGCGCUGUUGCUGAUAUUGCGUACAUUCACCGCAAAGCUCCGUUCCAGUGAGGCCCAAAGCUUUUUGGCCGUUCAAGGUUUUGUUUAUGGCGGCACUGCUAAAUCUUAAUUUGCGGGCGCUCAAAUACCCGCAAGUGCCCGUGGACCUAGCCGAUGCCGACCAAUUAAGGAAGCUUGUGAUAUGGCUGGAAAACCUCAAGAUUCGAGAAUACAAGAUUGUGGACCGUAAAGGUCUGGCUGACACGGCGUCUCCGGGCUGGGAUGCGGCGUUUGCAAAGUACCUGAAAGACCUGGACUGCCCGGUGCCGCCUGGUGACCAGCGAGCAGCCGUGGAGUGGCUGGUGGGGUUCGCAGUCAACCUGGACUAUGAAGACAACGCGGACAAGAUGAAGGCGCCAGAGGCUGCCGGCAAAGCAAACCCCGCAUCCGCGGGCGCCUCCAGCUCCGCCGCCAGCACUUCGGCGACAUCGCAGCCGGGCAAGAGCUCUAAAGCGGACGAGGGGGCUUUCAGUGACUUGGACGACCCACAGGUGGCUGCGGCGGUGCUACAGCUCAUACGCGCCGCGCAGGUGCCCUGGUGCGGUGGCGGCGAGGGCGGCGACCAGGCGGACGUCGUGUCAGCAAUGCAGGCGGCGGCCGAGCGGCUGGCGUGCCAGGUGGGGCCCGCGCAGCGGCCGGGCGUGUGGCGGCCGGAGGGGCCGGCGGCGCAGUGCCUGGCAGAGGUGCCGCUGGGCUUUGAGGUGCAGGGCGAGGCGCUGUCUUCCGCCGCCAAGGUGCUGCGGCUGCUGUACAUUCGUGACCUGAGGCGGCUGCAGAGCCAGAUAGACCACGCCGUGGUGGACAUGCAGGAGUACACGGCCAAUCCCAAGACCGACUCCAGUCUGGGCAAGGUCGGCCGCUGAGGCCCCCCCUGCAGACUUCAACCGUUGAGGACCGCUGCACAGCGACCGCUGUGGGCCGCUACAAACGGCGGCCACUGCGGCUGUUGGCGGAGACCUGGGGACCAGGCCAUACGGGGGAAGCGCUUUUGUUUUGGCAUGAGCGGCGGCCGGGUGGUGCAGGGCCAGCGCUGUGCGGGCGUGCUGUCGAUACAUGGUAUACGGAAGGGCAAUGGUGGAUGGCCGUCGCUCUCAAUGAUGAGGGGGACACAGGUGCAUGUUACGACGGACCUAUGGCGCAUGAUGCCGCUUGGAGUUUUGCCUAGGCCUGGACUCCCCACGGGACUUGACAAGUGCCAAGUGGAGGAGCUCUCUGCGAUUCUGCUUGGACGGGCGUGCGGCGUGCGGGGCACGAGCGAAGGGUUCCAAGGGGGCGAGAGGUGUUGAACGGUUGUGCAUACGUGGGGGGAUGCAGAGCUGCGCACGACAUGGUUACAUCUUGAUUUGCAGCCAGCAACGUUUCAUGCCAGUGUGCCGCGGCCAAGCAGUCGGCCUGUCCGACAGACGUUGCACGAGUUUCUGCACGCUAUCCGUGCUUGCUGCCAGAUCUCCACAAUCGGUUUAACCCUGGACGCAG